AUGGUUCGACCCGAAGACGCGAUCAGAAUGCCUCGUGCAUACCGUGGCGAGGCCGAGGAGGAUGACAGAAGCAGGCGAACGCCGGAACAGAAUGGUCCUUCCUCUUCCUCUUCUUCGUUAAACAGCGAGGGACCAACCCCACAGGACGACGAACCGACGACGAUAGUUACCGGACCUACGGGCGAUGGAAACAAUAGCCAGAGCAACUCUCACCCCGGCCCCCGAACCCUGUCUCCGGACGAAACCAUCGAACUUGCUCGACGCGCAGUGGAAAAUGGAAUCCAGGAGACCAAACGCUCGUUAGCCGGAAGUGAAGCGGUCAGGGAUGUAGUCAAACCGAAAUUGACUAUCGACUUAGGUCACUCUAAUAUCAUCCGUAUUCCCGAGGCCGUGGUGGACGCCAUCAAAGAUGAAGUUGAAAGGCUUUCUCUCUCGAACAAUCAACUAUUCCACAUCCCCUAUCGCUUCGCCGAAUGCUCUCAUCUGCGAUAUCUCAACAUCCGUUCCAACAACUUCCGCGAGUUUCCCAAGGGAGUGUACAAACUGCCGUUUCUAGAAAUUUUGGAUCUCAGCCGAAACAAAAUUAGCCAUCUACCAGAAGAAAUCAAAAAGUUGACCUCCUUACGAGUUUUGUCGGUGAUGUCAAAUCGCCUUGAUGACCUACCCCUCGGAGUUUCGGAUAUGAACAAACUUCAAAUCCUGAAAGUGGCUGGAAAUCCCUUGCGCUAUCCUCUGCGGCGCCUUCUUGAAACCUCGGACACUGAAAUUGGCCCUUCCACCAUCACCGACAACGAGAAGGAGGUAGCGGUUACAGCCGAACUCAAGAAGUUCCUGAAGACCAAACAACCCGUUGCCGCGCCGGAACUUGAUCCGCGUCUAGACAUGAGUGAACUCAUGCUGGAUACCCCGAAACCUGUCAAGCGUGGCAUGAGUAGUCGCUUCCCCGUGAUUCCGAGCACAGGGGACUCCUCAUCUGAUCCUAAGUCGCCAUCAUUAUCUCGACCUCCGCCAAUCCCUCUCAAAUCCCACUAUCGCAGACAGAGUUCCAUUUUCCAGAGCGGGAUGCUCCAACGACCCAUCGCCACGCUAAGUGAGCGCAACCGCAGUAACAGCGAAGGUAUCAUCCAAUCAUCCUCCUACGCUGCACGAAAUAAACGUAUGGGGGUCAUCAACCGGAAGAAUACCGACCUAGGGACCCUAGACGAGACGCGACCGUAUCGGAACAGCCAUUUGCGAGGAUUGAGUUAUGGAUCAAUUCUCCGGCCGAGAGCGACGGGUGCCGCGGGCGGCAGUAACUCUUCCAGUCCGAGCAGUCCAAGAGAACGCCGACGUCUGAAAGAUGGCUUCGUCAAUCGAAUGUCAAGCUUACCGGAACAAAAGGCCGAGAGGGAGCCAGGCGAGCCUGUCAUUGAGAGUGCUAAAGGAAUCCUAUUCGCUCUUUUCCAGGUCCAAUCCCAUGUUUCCGCUCUGAUCAACGUUAUCAAGCGAGACGAUGCCCGACGUAACAGCCUUGAAAUUGUAUUCUACAACGCAUCCACCCAUGUCGACCGGCUCAAUGAAGCGUUGGAAAGUGUGGAAAAGUCUCGACCUGGCGACGCGGAAUCAAAACGGUUAUCGAAGGAGACCGUCAAAAGGGAAUGCGAAACGUGCGUCAUGGCGUACACUCACGUUGCAACGCAACUUCGCAACAGCCUCGAUAAGAUCGUGGCCAAUGGGGACUCGCGCUACGUACGUUCGCUGAUGCUCAUGAUCUAUGGCAGCGCCAUUGAGUUGCGGAAUGCUUGUGUGAGUCUAGGAAUUCCCAUUGCUCGUCAACAGCCACCGGCUGCCGCCAAACCGCCCAUACCUGCAAUCCACAAGGAGUCCGUCAGCUCCGACCGGUUCCCUGGCCCGACCGUGACGCCCACUAGAGGAAGGGCACCGUCGUUCGCGAUUCGACGGUUUCGAAGCGACACUACAAUCCAACAUCCUCAAAUCCCUACGAGUGGGCCCCUGCCUGCGGCGGCCCAUUUCCAGUCUGCAGUCAGCUCGCCCGGUCUGGCUUCCACCCCAUUCAGCUUUGGAGCACGCAGUCGGUCGAGCAGUCGGUCAAAUCAUAUCAACACAUCAGUGCCUUCUUCCCUCGCAACGCCUCGCUCCGGGGAGUCGUUCCCCCCGAUGCCAAACACCGUUAUACCCCGUAUCAAUCCCCUAACCGGUCUGGAUGAGAUUGAAGAGGAACGCAUUUUCGAGCGAAUAUUCCACCAACUUACCUCGGCAUAUACGGCUGCGCUCCAGGCUUUGCCGUUGGCGCGCCGACAGUUUGUGCGCUGUCUGGAGGUGGCGGAACAAUCACGGGAAUCCGAAGGCAUUCAACUUCUUUGGAACAAUCUCAUUCGCCGCUGCCGAGUGUGCUUGGAAGUCUCCGACGUACUCGGGCAGCGACUCUCCACCAUGAAGGUCAAGGAACCAGGCGGUGGGCUGCGUAACCAGCGCGAGUUCUGGCAACUCUGCAAAGGGUUUAUGCAGUCGUUUGUUGACCUGGUGACGGAUAUGCGUGAAGUCCGAAGUAUGCAUCUGUUACCUUCGGAUAUCAUUAUCCUCCUUCGGCCGGUUCAGAGGGCGAGCAGAGAGGCCGGUCGUUUGAUCGAGGCUUCCCCGUGGUCAUAUCUCGCCGACAUGGCCUCGGCUAAUCCAGCCAAUAUAUACGGCCCCCCUUUGCCAUCCCAGCAUUCGCAGCAUCCGGGAUCCGUAUCUACGGCGAACUCCUUCCACAUUAGUUCGAGCUUGUCGGCGCAGUCGACUGCCCUUCCGGCGACGCCUCUGAGUGCUGCCCUGGGACCCGCUGCGCAGGCCACCGUGCCCUCUACGCCUGCAAGUGCAUACAGCGACAAGUUCUUCGAGGGCGAUGUCUUCCAGCGAGCCGAUUCCUUGCUCUCCAUGCCGAGCCAGACCCCCUUUUUCCGCCGGUGA